AAAUAUAAAUAUUUAUUAAUUUUUACAUAAUGAAUCUACAAGAUCUUAUCGCGAAAAAGAGAUCGUCAUUAAAAUCGUGUAAAACAGUGAUAACGGAUCCGCUUGGCAAUAAAUAUGAAGUUGAACAUGGCCAAGUAAAGAAGCUAGAAAAAAGUUUACCAUUCGUGGUAGAUGAAAAACCUGACCUGCAAGUUGCCAGUAUAAUGCCAGGGUUGUAUCUUAGCUCUCAAGAUCCAGUAAUUUGCAGUAAUAUAUUAAAAAAAUACGAAAUACGACACAUUUUGAGUAUAGGUGUCAACAUUUUUGAAAGAUAUGACAACAUUCAGUAUCAUACCUGUGACUUGUUAGAUUUACCGGAAUCGAAUAUAUUACCAUCGAUUAAAAAAUGCGUCGACAUCAUACACGCGAAUCGUAAAGAGAAUAUUCUUGUGCAUUGUAACGCUGGAGUUUCUCGUUCUCCGAGUAUUGUUAUCGCUUAUUUAAUGAUGGUUAUAAAAUUGUCAUAUGACGAAGCUUAUAAGGCAGUAAAAAAAGCGAGAAGCUGUAUUAGGCCUAAUGACGGAUUCGUGAAACAACUACGUAAUAUUGAAAAUACAACCUUUUACGAAUUAUAAUUAUUUAGUGUUUCAAUAUAUUCAAAACUGACAAUUCUUAUGUCAUAGCUUAUUACCUAUGUUUUGUGUACGAGUACUUAUAAUAUAUCAAUAAAUUAUUUAUCAAUAUUUCUUACCAA